AGGCGAUCUCAUGCAUUUUUCUAAUAGGUUUUGUCUAUCGAGGUGUGGGGCCCGCACGCUUCGCUGCUGAUGUGCGGAGGGACUUGAUGUGGUUUUUCCCGAGCUCUCAAGAACGAAGUGCUGGCGCUCCUAUUCAGAGGCAAGCUGGCAAUAAAUUGUCACAAUGGCAACGAGCUUGUAUCUUUCUGUGUCGUCUCAACGCGUAUACAGUGCCGUGGUUUCAAUUCUUCAUUCAGGCCGUUGUAUUACCGCUCAGCGCUGCCCGCGACCUUCUGCUAGUUAUUGCUACCCUGGCUGGUGCUGGAAGUCACAGUAGCCAUACUCCUGGAAUAUCAGCAAAGAACAUCAAGAUCAAACUCAAAGAUACAACAUUUUCAUCAUCACAUUCUCGAAUGGCGGUACAACUUCUAGAUCUAGACCAAAUAAACCUUCGAGGACAUCGAAAUAGCGACCGCUUCUCGGCCUCCCCUCUGCCUCCUUCCCCAUCGGCAGUUGCUAUCCUCGCUGGCUCGUUAGCAACACUGUUUCUGUUCACGCUCCUGCAUAAUUUAUGUGUCGCAGUAUUGUUGCAUCGGUGGCGCACGCAUACGGUCUUCGAACCUCGAAAUCGUUUCGUCGCUUUCAUUUUUUCGGUCCUAGCCUGUGUGCCACGACAGUUUGGACCCCUCUUCUGGCGUG